AUGUUAAGAUUGGCAACCCAAUCAAAUAACAUAAAAACAUAUGUCGAUAGAUUGAAAAGCAAAUCUGAAAAAUCUCUAAAGUGGACCUUAUUAAAUGCAAAAUAUUCAGUUAAAGAUUUUCCACGUAUGACAUUCAAUGAAUUGAAUGACUUGACCUUAGGCACUUUUCAACUUAAACAGGCUAAGAAGUAUGCUGUGGAACAUUUAUCGAAUAACGGCUCGUUUAAUAUAAAAAUAGCUAAACAACGAGACGAUUUAAUAAGGGCUCAAAUACUAUCUCGACAUAAAAGUGCUACACUAUAUGAUGUCUGGGUACAGUACAAUAAAAACGAAAUUCUUGGUUGGUAUUGUCGAUGUCCAAACGGUUGUCGUGUAGUAGGUUGUUGUUCUCAUAUUGCUUCUGUGAUUUGGUUUUUAUCGUUUGCACGAUAUCAUCCAGAAGCAUUGAGAGAAUCAGCUUCUUCAUAUUUAAAUUCUAUAACUGACGCACCACCGGGGUAUGAUAUUUAA